ACUUGGAAGAGGGUGCUGAAAGCAGCUGAGGUUAUUUGGAAACCAGCAGCUGCAUCUCUCAGGAUGGGUGCUGGGUCUGGGGUGAUCCUCAGUCCCACAGAACUCAGUGCUGCAGGGCUGUCACAGGGCACUGGCAGCUCCCAUGUCACUGGAGAGAUGGGACAUGCUAUGGGCCAGUGCGUGGCCCUGAGCCCACAGCAGCCCUUUGAACAUGAAAACAGAUGCCACAUGUUUGGGAGGGUCUGGUGCUGUCAGAGGGGCCAGGGGCGAGAGGAGGAGCAGAGAUGAGAGGGGGUGCAGUGAGGAGCAAGUGGUAGAGGAAUUAGGGGUGCUGCCAGGGCUUCUUCCUGCAGGGCAGGGCAGCAGAGGAGCCCAUGGAGCUCUUAGCCUGCAACCUCAGCUUCCACGGCUCUAUGCAGGGCAAGGCAUCACCCGCACAGCAGAGCCAGAAUCGCUCUGGAUCGGCGUCAGGAAUGCAGGUCCCUGCCAGCGGUGGAGCUCUCCCCCUGCCCCACGAAACCCCCCCGAGCGGGGCCCUGAGCUACCGGGCCAGCGCGGGGGAGACCUCGGCAUCCCAGCAAUGCGCUGCGCCCGGCAGCGGGCAGGCGCGGGGGCUGCUCCUGGCACGGCCGCGCAGCGCUGCCCCCCAUCCCCUCUGCCCGCCCCUGUGCCCUGGGGGACCGGGCAAUCAGUCCCGGUCUUUCCCGGCGGCUCUCCCGAUCCCGAGGGCGGCACUAGGAUCUAGCGGCUCUCCCCAUCCCCGGAGGGCGGCACUAGGACCCGGCCGUGCUCCCCCAUCCCCGGAGGGCGGCACUAGGACCCGGCCUGGGCGGCGGCAGCGGCGCGGUCGGUAUCGGCAGCGGUAUCAGCAACGGCAGCGAUAUCAGUAACGGCCGCGGUAACGGUACCGGCAUCGGCAGCGGUAUCAAUAUCGGCAGCGGUAUCGCUAUCAGCACCGGUAUCGGGGCGCACUGCGGGCCGGAGCGGCCGGUGGAGCUCUCGCGUCCCCGCCGGGCCCGUUCAGCCGGUGCAGGGGCGGAACGCCCCGUGGCCGGGCGGGAGAGCGGCCCCUGCCCCCGCGGCCGGUGCUCAGGGGAUGGAGGGAGCGACAAUGUGAGCCCCGGUCCCGGCCAUGGCCGAGCCCGCCGGUGGGGCUGGGCAGCGCCCGCCGCCCGCGGGGCGCAGGAGGUGACGAACUCCUCAUGAGAGCCCCCAGCAGGUAAGGUGCUCGCGGGUCGCUGGCGAUCGCUGUGUGCUGAGGCUGGCACAGAGACAUGAGUGGCAGCGCGAGCCAGCGCGCCGCCGCCCUGGGGGUCCUCUUUGCCCUGAUCAUGUUGCUGAUCAUCUACAGCUCCGGCAACGGGAGCGAGGUCUUCCCCUACAGCCGCCUGCGGGGCAGAGCCCGCCGGCCCCCCGACCUCAAGAAGUGGGGGGUGAAAAGCGGGUACCUGCCUGUCUGCGGGAACAAGACCCUGUCUGCCCGCUGUCACCAAUGCGUCAUUGUCACCAGCUCCAGCCACCUCCUGGGCACCCACCUGGGCACGGUCAUCGACGGGGCUGAGUGCACCAUCCGCAUGAAUGAUGCUCCCACCACGGGCUACAGUGCUGAUGUGGGCAACAAGACCAGCUUCCGUGUGGUGGCCCACUCCAGCCUCUACCGUGUCCUCAAGCGGCCCCAGGAGUUCGUCAACAAGACCCCAGAGACCAUCUUCAUCUUCUGGGGGCCGCCCACCAAGAUGCAGAAGAGCCUCCUGAAGAUCAUCCAGCGCGUCUGCGCCUCGUUCCCCAACAUGACAGCCUACGUUGUCUCCCCCGGCCGCAUGAAGCAGUUUGAUGACCUGUUUCGGGGAGAGACAGGGAAGGACAGGGAGAAGUCUCGCUCAUGGCUCAGUACUGGCUGGUUCACCAUGGUGAUCGCGGUGGAGCUGUGCGACGCCAUCCACGUCUAUGGCAUGGUGCCACCCAGCUACUGCGGCCGCCACCCCCCACCCCGCCGCCUGCCCUACCACUACUACGAGCCCAAGGGCCCCGACGAGUGCACAACCUACAUCCACAACGAGCGGAGCCGCCGGGGCAACCACCACCGCUUCAUCACUGAGAAGAGGGUCUUUGCCAGCUGGGCCGGCCUCUACAACAUCACCUUCUCCCACCCCACCUGGACCUAGGGGCUGCCCCACGCUGCUGGGCAGCUGGGAUGGAUGGGGGUUCCCCUGCAUCCCCCUGGGAGUGGCGGGAUCAGGUGCCACCAGCUGCCUCCCACAGGACCACUGCUGUGUGCAUGGUGGCUCCUUGCCCCUGGGAUGUGUUGGGUUUUGAGCUGGUUUUUGGGGGCCAGGUGGUGAAUGUAAGAUCUGGGGUGUCCCCGCUCCAUGUGCAGGAUACUUGGGUGUGAUAUCCUGCCCUAUCCUGGUCCAUGCACAUUGCAGCCCCUGUGAGGCUAUAAGGGGUUCCAGGUCCCCUCAGCUCAGUUUUGGUUUGCACCACUUCUGGGGUCACCACAGAGACUCUUUCCCCAACUGUCUGGGUGAGGAGACCCCUCUUGGAGCUCAGCCCCCUCCCCUGCCAUACCCAGCCCAUCAUCCCAGUCCUCAGUCAUCCUUCCCACAGCAGAGCCCCACAGUUUUUGGUGGGACCCCAAGGGGGUGACAUUACCACCCUCCCUGUCCCAGCACCCCAAAAACACCAGCCCUUCCAAGCACUGCUGUGCCCCACACUUCCAAAACCUUUCCUAACUGAAAGAUGGGGGUUUUGGGAGCUUUUAGGGGCUUUUGGCUUUUUUCUCCUGCUUCUAAUCCUGGGGUUUCUACUUGGGUUUCCUGGGUGAAGGAGUGAGCAGAGGCUGCUCAUUAGUGGAAACAAAGGACCAACAGCUGCUUAUAAGCAAUUUAGAAGUGGGUGGCAGUGGUGCCUCUUGGCACCCUGUGGCUGGGGCACGACUUUGUUACUAAUUUCUCAGCAGCAGAGAAGUUGAUCUGGGGAAAGCAGCUAAAUAUGGUGUGUUUGGGUGCUGAGCCUUGGCAGGAAUCCAUUCCUCAGUUUCCCUCUGGCUGUGGCUGGCGUUUUGGGGGGCUGGGUGCUGGGGGAAGCAGUGGGGCGCCCAUGUUUUGUAAUUGUUUGUACAGGAAUAAAUAUUGCUGCAGUCUGUUACCUUGA